AACAGGGGGAACUGUUGUACGUAUCUAUGACACUAUAAUAUACGACUAAGGAUGUCGAAGAGGGCGAAGGAAUAUGUUAUAGCAUGCACGUAGCCUACUUUUUGAAACAGCCUAUAGCCUAAUUCAAGACAAAUGUAGAGCGUCAUUUAACCGAACGCUCGUGGAAUGUUUCGGAAAAACCGAGGAAGGUGUACGGAACUGCUUCUCCAUGCGCUUCAAUACAAUAGAUUGUCUCGACGGUUCCGAGAAGCAAGCCUAUUAUUAAGGCUGUGGUGUCGGCAGUGUGUAUGAGUCAGUAGGCGUGUGGCAGCUCAACUCGUGGACCUGCUCUUUUGUGCGGUAUGUCUAACCCGAGGACAAGGUCAAGAUGACAGAGGCACUCUAGCUGACUGGAAGCACCUGUGUGAGUAGAGAGACGAGCCUCCAUAACCUCUCACCCUCGGACAAACCCCUGACCCCGAGGCUCUGAUUGGACACCUGGAGAAACAGCAACUCUAAGAGGAGCACGACUCAGCAGUUCCCGGGUUUCACGAUCAAGGAGAGCACACUCUCGUCUCCAGGGCUGCGGGUCAUCCGAAGUCGCCGAAAAACAAAACACAAAACGUUGGAUCGUAAGACGGAGGCGUUGGGGCGGAGCAUGGGCAGCGGCGCCCCGGGCUCUGGCGUGUUGUCUUGUCCCAGUGGUCGCUGAGCGAGGGCCCGAUGAGUGGAGGUGGCAGCACCAGCCUGCUCCGGGGGCGGCGCUUCUACUGCAGGGAAUGGGCCCUGGACAAGCUCCGGCACUGCCUGGACAGCCGCUCGACCCCUGGCCGCCCCCCGGGGGUGCUGCUGACCGGGGGCCCCGGUGCUGGGAAGACAGCCCUGUGCACCGAGGCUGUGUGGCCCACAUCGGAGGCGGGUCGCGGGGCCGGGUUGGCGUCCCGCUGCCUGGCCUCCCACUUCUGCCAGUGGGAGGACCAGCAGAGCGUGGCGUUGUGGAGGUUCGUCCUGGGGCUAGUGGAGCAGCUCCGGGCCUCGCCGCUCCUCCCUCCGGCCUAUAGGGAUGCCCUGGGGCACCCCGGCCUGGCUUCAGCUCUGGAGCCCCUGCACUACCAGAGGGACCCCGACGACACCUUUAAAAGGGCGGUGCUGGGGCCCUUGUUGGACCUCCCUCCUCCGGCCCAGACCGUGUUCGUGGUGGUGGAUGCCCUGGACUGUGGUUGUGGGGAUGGGGCCGUCAGCGCGGAGGCUCCUGGGAAGGUGGGCUCUGUGGCGGAGCUCCUGGCCUCCUAUCAGCACCUCCUCCCUAGCUGGCUGCUCCUGGUGUGCUCUGUACGGCGCCAGAACAAAGCCGUCUGCAAGAUGUUCUCAGGUUUUCGCAAACUGUGCCUGGACGACCUCCGUAAACCUCCUCCGGUCCGCGACGUGCAGCAGUACAUCCUGCGGCGGCUGGACCAAGAGGGCUCCCUGCGACGCCAGCUCACUCCCGAGACGGCCGACAUGCUUAACCUACUGCACAUCAAGAGCGGCGGCUGUUUCCUGUUUCUGGAGCGCGUCCUGGACGGCGUGGCGGGGGCCCUGGUAGGCCUCAGGGAAAUCCGCGACAUCCCGGGGACUCUAAAUGGCCUCUACCUCUGGCUGUGCCAGAGGCUGUUCCCCCGGGGGCUGUUCCUCCAGGUACGCCCCCUCCUCAACGCCCUGCUGGCUUCCGCACGCCCCAUCACUUCCCAACAGCUCUUCACGGCAGUCUGGAGCCAGGACACCUCCCUCAGCAUUCAGGACUUCCACAGGAAGCUCCAGACCCUCUCUACGCUCCUCAUCGACGGCCCAAGGGGAAGUAAGCUGCUGUUCCACGCUAGCUUCGCACAGUGGCUGACGGACGUCAAGUACUGUACUCAGAAAUACUUGUGUAGUGUAGCAGAGGGUCACACCAUGCUGGCCAUGGCUCUCACUCUGAGGAGCCAGUCCCUGAACACAGAGGACACCUGCCAACUAGGAACUCACCUCAUUAACUCAGGAAUGCAUAAGGACAACACUUGUCUCUUAGCUUUGUGGAUGCUGUGGACAGGAGUGCCCCCUCUCGCUCCCAACGUUAUCCCGAGGGAGCACCCUAUUUCCCCUAGGCUUGGCAUCCCCUCCCCUGCUGCCGUACCCCCCGUCCUAGUCCGACAAGACGUCCUCCAGCUGCUGAUGAAAAGUGGGGUGUUUCCUCCCUCGUGUACCCCGGACGGCAGCCCCAGUGUGGGCAUACACUGCGCGGGAGGAGGGGGCACCAUCGUGCGAAGGGCUCUGGAGAGGCAGGACUCUGUGAGGGUGUUGCUGGACAGCGGGGUCAGUGCCAACAGGACCGACCCCCUGGACGGACGGACGCUCCUAGCCAGCGCGGCGCACGCCGGCUCGGCAGACGUGGUCCGUCUGCUGCUGUCCAGGGGGGCGGACCCGUUGAUUAGUGACCACCAGGGGCAGACGCCCCUGACCCUGGUUGCCCGGCAGGGCCACGUCCAGGCCCUGACGGUCGUCCUGGACUGGGCCCGGGACCAGGACCUGAAGACGACGAUCAGGGUGCUGGAGCACGCGGACAGCGAGGGUUGGACGGCGCUGCGCUCGGCGGCGUGGGGCGGCCACGCCGAGGCGGUGCACCUCCUGCUGGACGCGGGGGCCAACGUGGACGGGUGUGACGUGGAGGGCCGCACCGCGCUCAGGGCGGCGGCGUGGGGAGGCCACGAGGAGAUCCUGCUAACGCUGCUGGAUUACGGGGCGCAGGUGGACGUGGCGGACCGCGAGGGCCGCACGCCGCUGAUCGCGGCCGCCUACAUGGGUCACCGGGAGGCGGUGGAGAUCCUGCUGGACCACGGGGCGGACGUACGCCUGGCGGACGAUGACGGCCGCACCGCCCUGUCGGUGGCCGCACUCUGCGUGCCCACGGCCGCCGGGGUCAAAGGUUACGGGGAGGUGGCGAGCUUGCUGUUGGAGCGUGGGGCAAACCCGGGUCACAGGGACCGCGACAGCAUGACUCCUCUUCUGCUGGCGGCCUACGAGGGCCACGAGGAGGUGGUGGAGCUGCUCCUGGAGGCGGGGGCGGACGUGGACGAGAGCGCCGGACCCCACGCCGCCGCCGUGACCCCGCUGCUAGCCGCCGCCGCCAUGGGUCACGCCGCCACCGUGGGGCGUAUCCUGUUCUGGGGGGCGGCCGUGGACGGCAUCGACGGGGAGGGACGGACGGCGCUCAGCCUGGCGGCGGCACGCGGGAGCCUGGAGGUGGUGUGCGCCCUGCUGGAUCGAGGGCUGGACGAGAACCACAAAGACGAUAUGGGCUGGACGCCGCUGCACGCUGCGGCCUGCGAGGGCCACCGGGCGGUGUGCGCCGCGCUGACGGAGCGGGGGAGCACGGCGAGGGUGGGCGAGAUGGACAUGGAGGGACGCACGCCACUCAUCCUGGCGGCGCAGGAGGGCCACUGCGGCACAGCCAGGCUCCUCCUGGAUCGCCGCUCGCCCAUCGACCAUCGGGCGUACGACGGACACUCCGCCCUGAGCGCGGCGGCUCUGGAGGGCCACGCGGAGGUGUCGGAGCUGCUGAUGAGGCGGGGAACCGACACGGACGUGCGAGACGCAGAAGGACGUCCUCUCCUCUACCUGCUGGUGUUGGAGAACCGUCUGGACAUGGCGGCCCUGCUCAUGGAGAAAGGCGGGGUUCCCCUGGAGUCCCGGGACGCCGAGGGCCGCUCGGCUCUGCACGCCGCCUCCUGGCAGGGCGACGUGGACGCCGUGGGGCUGCUUCUGAGGCGUGGGGCCGACCCCAACGCCCAGGACACGGAGGGCCGGACCCCCCUGCACUCGGUCGCCUGGAGGGGGCAUGCGGAGGUGGGCCGCCUGCUCCUGGAGACCCGUGGGACCGACGUGGAUCUGGCCUGCCGGCGCCAAGCCGCCACGGCACUAUCGAUCGCGGCGCAGGAAGGCCACGCCAACAUCGUCGCCAUGCUGCUGGAGCGUGGAGCCAACCCGGACCACGUCGACAAUUACGGACGCAGUCCCGUCAAAGUGGCAGGAAAGCGGGGAAAUUACACUAUCGUACGGCUGCUGGAGAGUUACGGCGCCAAGCCGUUCACGGGCCCCCUGCCUUCGCCGCAACGGCCCGCCGCAAAGACACGGCCCUCAGCCGGAUCGGGGAGUAACGGAGGCGACCCGGGCACGGCAGCGUCCGCGCAGAACGGAGGAGGAGCGGGUGCCUCCCUGUCCUCAGCGUCCUCCCCGGGCUCCUCCACCGAGCGCUUCCACUCCAUCCAAAGCUCCCAGACCUCCACCUCCACCAGACACUCCCAGGCCACGGUGCAGACGGUCCCAGCGGACAGCGUGAGCUUCACCCAGCAGAUUCAGCAGCACUCACUGCGCCGCAGCCGGAGUCGGCCCUCCACCCUCCCUCCUCCGGGCUCCGCCGCCGGAAGCCUUCACGGCAGCAGCCGGAGGACUCAGGCCCCCAAGGCCAGCCCUCCCCCCAGCCACUGCACCGUCAGUGCCUUGGUUCACCAGCCCGACAAGAACUCCGACGCGCUCCAGAAAAGCUUCCUGCCGUGCUUCGACUAUCCCAACAAGCCGAAGCCUCAAACCGGCACUUUCAUCAAGGAGGAAAGGGCUCAGUUCGGAGGAGGCAAGUGGAACUCAGUCAUGGCCUCUCUAGGGGUGAUGCCUGGACACGAUGGGCCAGUGAGGGCCUCCAAGAUCAGGGAAAGCCCUCCGCUGGGUUACCCCUUCCAGCUCCAGAACCCACACCAGGGCGAGGCCUGGGACGAGCCGCAGAAGAGCGGCUGUUCUCCUCCCUUCAGCUUGAACUCUGACAUGUCACCUUCCAGUGCCUUACUGGAGGAUGCCAUGGUUGCCAUGACCACUAUGGACCCACAGCUCAACCUGAAGCAGGCCAUCAAGCUGCAGUUCGAAGGCCCCACCAGCUCAGUCUUAUACAAGAGAGAAACUCCAUUGUGACCCAGAACCUGUGGACAUUUUGGAGUUCAAGGGGCCAUUUGGGGCAUGGAUAAUCGCUCUUCAGGGGCAGAUGAGAGAGGAAGGGAUCCCUCAGUCCACCCCACCCUGUACUCCCUGAGCAGACCAGAGGAAGAAUGGAGGAACUCAAAGACAUCAAAGCUGUUUACAUUCCAGCCUCCUUCCUCUGCCUGUUUUGUGUGCCGGGCAGCUGUCAGCAGACAUAUGCUUACACACACACACACACACACACACACACACACUCACACAUACCAUACUCACUCACAGACACACACACACACAU